AUGCAUUUCAAGCAGUCGUCGCGCGGCGGCCUCGUGACGGUGCUGGUGCUGUUGACCAUGCUGAUCAUGGCGUACACAGAGCUGUGUGACUACUGGUCGCCCCACUACUUAUAUACCUUUUCGAACGCGGACCACAUGUCGAGCAAUAUGCAGAUCAACUUGGAUAUGACCGUCGCCGUGCCAUGCCGAGAUGUCACGGUCGAUUUGCGCGAUGUCACGGGUGAGUCUGUGCACUAUAUGCCGGCGAAUAUAGCCAAGGAUUCGACCGAGUUCCUCGCGCAGAAAGAGCGCGCUGACACGUACGUCCUUCUCCUCUCUCACACCAGCCGCCGUAAAAAGAUGCGCCUGGCGCAAUUUGUGCGCAAGCCAAACACGCGCCACCCCAUUGACCGCAUCUCGAAGCGUGUAUCCAAGUACGGCGCAAAUGAUCCUGCCACGGGCUUUGCACCGACAAACCCCCUUGUGCCGGACGGCGAAGCGUGCCGCGUCUACGGAACGCUGCUUGUGCGGCGCGUCACCGGGAACUUGCACAUCACCGUAGUCAACAAGCAGAUGUGGUCUGGCAUGCCGGGUGGGACGUGGAGCAACACAUCGCAUGCGAUUCACGAAUUGAGCUUUGGCGUGCUGUACCCCGACAUGGCCGAGCCGCUCGACUCGAUGGUGACGGUUGCGCCGGAAGUCGGGGCCGUGUUUCAGUACUUUAUCAGUGUCGUGCCCACGCGCUAUCUGAGGAAUGGCAAGACCGAGGUCCAGACGCAGCAGUAUAGUGCGACCAAGUUCCUCCGCGAUCCGUACGGGCCUCCUGCCGUCCCCGGCAUCUACUUCCGCUACGAUCUGGAAGGGCUCGAGAUGACCGUGCACAAGAGCUACCGCUCUCUUGUUUCGUUCCUUGUGCGAUUGUGUGCCGUGCUCGGCGGCAUGUGGGUUUUUUCGAGCUACGGACUGCGCACGAUGCACCACCUGCAGGGAGCCGUGCAGCUCCUCUCUAUGCGCUUUCGCGGCGCACAUGAAACUCCCGACACACGCGCCAAGCCAUUUGACGAUGCGCCCCGAGCUCCGUCGACGUGGGACACGAGCCAAAGCAGCGGCUAUGCUACCGGCACGCCCCACUACAGCGCUAAUUUGCAGGCGCAUCCUGCGCACCGUACCCCAAGUAACCCGUAUAAUUAA